AGAGGGGAUCUUACACGGGAAGAUGUGCUGCUGCUGUCCUACAGUAUAACACAAAACAAGUGUUGUCGCGUCUGAAUACGGCGAUGAACAAGGAACCGCCCGUUAUUUUACGCAAAAUAGAAAAUAGAAGGAAGAAAGAAAAUGAGAAAUACAGUGAAAAGAGAAAGGAAAAAAAAAUUACAAAGCACGUGCGGAAACAAUUCCGUUCUGAAAAGGAUUCCAAUUACGGACCAAAUGCUGAAAAGCCGGAUAUGGCUAACAAUAUUUAUGAAUUAGAGAAAAAAAAACAUAUGGAAAUGUUACAGAAUUGGCAAAAUAGAAGAGAUGCCAUUGAAGAAGAAACCAUCGGUCAAGCGAAAAAUCCGAGAUGGUUGAAUUACAAAUCUAAAUUAUUGACGGCCUCAAAUUUCGGACGAAUAUGCCGUCGUCGAAUUGGCACGCUCUGUGGAAAUUCAGUGAAGUCGUUAGUGUAUCCACGACUGAUUAGUGCACCUGCAGUACAAUAUGGACAGGAAUGCGAAAAAUUCGCACGUGAACAACUAAGUGUGUGCAUUGGUGUUGAAAUUAAAGAAUGUGGAUUAUUUAUUGAUAGUGCCAUCCCGUUCUUAGGAGCUUCGCCAGAUGGACUUAUAGACGAAGAGGGCAUUGUGGAAAUCAAAUGUCCGAAAACGGCGGAGAAUUUAUUGCCGGAGGAGGCAAUCAAAACUGUUGCAGCUAUUCGGCGUAUAUUUGCAGACGCAGAAGGAAAUGAAUUGAACAGGAACCACUACUAUUACUACCAAGUACAAGGACAACUACAUGUCACAGAUUUUCGAAGAAAGGAUUCCCGAGAAGAGGUUUUUUGGAGCGAAGCGAGCGUAGGACUCUAA